AUGUCGUCGCCUGCGGAGGAGAGCGAGGAGCAAACCUCGGGCACUCCCGCCGAAAAGAAAGUCGUGCUUGAUAUUGAAGACAAAACACCUGAUAAUUCAAGUAACAACAGGCUGGUCCUGAGCUUCUAUUUUCGAAUCUGGCAGUACUCCACGCCGCUCGACCAUGUCUUGAGGACGUGUGCUAUCAUUUCUGCCGUAGUGUGCGGUGCAGCAUUACCGCUGAUGACUCUAGUAUUUGGAAACCUGAUUGAUAAUUUCAAUGACUGGGACGCUGGGAAGCUCUCUCCCUCUGAGUUUCGAGAUAAAGUCUCUAAAAACGCACUGUGGUUUACCUAUCUAUUCAUUGGUAUCUUUGUUCUUGCCUCGUUCAACACUUUAUGUUUCCGUUUCACAGCCACUCGCUGCGUCAAGGCGCUCCGACGCGAUUACCUUCGAUCCAUUCUGCGACAAGACCUACCAUUCUUUGAUACCAGUCUUCCAGGUACUGUCGCAGCCCUCUUGUCUAAUAAUGCGGACCUGGUCGAAGUCGGGCUCGGAGAGAAACUCGGCGUUUUUGUGGAGGGUAUUAGCCAGCUGGGCGCCGCAUUCAUAGUAGCUUUCACACGACAAUGGAAAUUGACGCUGGUAGUUGCUGCAACUCUCCCAUUGACCAUGCUAGUGGUUAUAAUAGCAGUGAUCUUUGAUACCAAGAUUGAUUCCAAGAUUCUCGCAAUCUAUAGCAAGGCUGGUGGUUUGGCGGAGGAAGCGCUGUCCACAAUUCGGAUAGUGACAGCAUUUAAUGCUGGUGGAAAGCUACGGGCCCGAUAUGAUGUAUACCUAGAAAACGCAAAGCAGCAUGGGAUCAAAAGAGGACCUAUCCGUGGAAUCAUGUACGGAGUGCAAUUCGCAGCCAUGUUCUGUGCUUACGCGUUCGCUUGGUUCUAUGGCAUUCGACUUCUGGCCUGGAGGGAGAUUAGCAGCGGAGGGCAUUUGAUCACGGUCCUCACUUCUGUCUUGAUCGGCACUCAAUCGUUGACGAUUAUCGCACCUAGCAUUGGCGAGCUCACUAAAACGACUGCUGCUGCCCAAGAAUUAUUUCAGACAAUAGAUAAGGAGUCUAAGCUUGAUUCUAUGACGAGCGAUGGAGCAACUCCUAUGGAAGUGACGGGUCAUAUCUCACUGCAAAAUGUCACAUUUGCAUACCCCUCUCGGCCUACUGUGAAGGUUCUAGACAACUUGACCAUUGAAUUUGAGGCUGGAAAGACAAUUGCCAUUGUGGGAAGUUCAGGUACUGGCAAGAGUACUAUUCUAGCCCUGAUCGCUCGGUUAUUCGAUCCUCUUGCUGGUACGAUUCUGCUUGACGGAAAUCCCAUUGACAGUUUAAAUAUCCGCUGGCUUCGAAGUCACAUCGGGUUCGUCCAACAAGAACCGUUUCUAUUCAGCGAUACCAUAUUCACCAACGUUUGUCAUGGCUUCUUUGGUACAGCGAUGGAUCAUCUACCGGAGCAAAAACGGCGCGCUCUAGUCGAGAAAGCGUGCGAGGAGGCCUUUGCCCAUAAAUUCAUUCAAAAUCUGCCUGAUAACUAUGAUACGCAGAUUGGCGAUGGAGAUGGGCGUCUAAGUGGAGGGCAGAAGCAGCGCAUUGCAAUUGCUCGUAGUAUCAUCCGGAACCCACCUGUACUUCUUCUCGACGAGGCUACUUCUGCACUUGAUCCAAAAGCCGAGCGAAUUGUUCAGGCAGCCCUCGAUAAUGUGUCCAAGGCUCGGACUACAAUCAUCGUGGCCCAUAAACUUUCAACCGUGCAGCGGGCUGACAGAAUUAUUGUGCUAAGCAAAGGACGACUGGUCGAACAGGGAACACAUCAAGAGCUUCUUGUCCGGAAAGAAGCUUACUUUAACCUUGUCAAUGCUCAGACUCGAGACGAGCACCGGGACUUACAACAUAUAAAUCAUAACACAGUGUCCUUGAAGAUAGAAGAGGCACAAAAUUCUGAUCUUAUCCCAGGGGAAAAUGAUGUUAGCGUGAUUUCAGUCAAAUCUACCUCCGAAUUACCAACACCUCAAAUUCAAGGCCGAUCGCAACAACUCUCUUUAGUAAGAUGCUUCGCCAUCCUGCUAAGGGGUCGGAUACAGCUGUGGCCCUUAUUUCUAUUUGGUCUGAUCGCAUCAGUUGGCUCCGGAGCUGUCUUUCCAAUUCAAGCCAUCGUCUUCAGUAGAGCUGUCCUUAUCUUUCAGCUCCCUCUCCCACGACUAGCAGACCAUAUGAUCCACGAGGGUACAUUUUGGGGAAUUAUCUACCUGGUCCUUGCUGCCGCCAUGCUCAUGUGCUAUGCGGGGUUAGGGUUCUUCUUCACAGUCGCAGCAUCGGACAUGAUGUCCUUCUACCGCAGUCGAUAUUUUGGGGCAAUGAUCAAUCAGGACGUUGGCUUCUUCGAAUCCGAAGGUCAGUCAGCCGGAGUCAUGACCGGUUGGCUCUCAACAGACCCCCAGCGUGUUGAGGAUGUUAUUUCCACAACCGCUGGGUUCUUGCUCAUUACAAUUGUCAAUGUAUUAGGAUCAUGUAUACUAGCUCUAGUGGUUGGGUGGAAGCUUGCCCUGGUCGCCAUAUUCGGAUGUCUGCCUCCGCUAUUUAUAGUUGGCUACGUGAAGAUAAGGCUAGAACUCACUACCCACGCUCGAACCACGAAAAUGUAUCUAGAAAGCGCACGUUUCGCGACCGAGGCAAUCACUGCCAUCCGGACCGUAGCUAGCCUCACUUUAGAAGAGAAAGUGGUUAAGAUGUACGACGAGCGACUGGCGCGUACAUCUCCUAGAUUUAUCAAGAUCGCUGUGACCUCUGCGAUUCUAUUUGGUUUAUGCGAAAGUCUUUACCUCGCCACUCUCGGUCUCAUAUUUUGGUAUGGGGUCAAGUUGCUUUCGCAGGGAGAGUACGAUGUUCAAUCAUUCUUCACCGUAUUCGUUGCUGUGAUCUUUGGAGGUCAAGCAGCCGGAUUCCUCUUUGGCUAUACAGUCAACACGACAAAGGCACACGCCGCAGCAAAUAACAUUAUCCAUCUGCUUCGAUCGCAACCUAAGAUCAAUACCUCAAUUGCCAGUGAAAAUACCUCUCCCUCUGAUACGAAUAUCUCUAUCGAAUUUAAGGCAGUGCGCUUCAAUUAUCCAACAAGACCUAAAGUUCCCGUGCUACAAGGGUUGAGCUUUAAGAUCAAGCGAGGCGAACGCGUUGGAAUCGUUGGAGCAUCUGGCUGCGGGAAAACCACGGUCAUUUCGCUUCUGGAGCGAUUUUACGAGAUUUGUUCCGGUGAAAUCCUGAUCAACGGCGUCCCACUCCAAAACCUCGAUGUGCACCACCACCGCGCCCGAAUCGGCUUGGUAUCUCAGAGUACAACGCUUUACCAAGGUUCAAUUCGCGAUAACGUUAUGGUCGGUGUGUCUCCAGACUUAGAAAAUGCUUCAGAUGAGAUAAUGCGCAAAGCCUGCAAGGAUGCCAACAUUCAUGAUUUUAUCGAGUCUCUUCCGGAAGGAUACGAUACUGAUGCGGGGGCCCGAGGUUUGUCCCUGUCCGGAGGACAGCGGCAACGCAUUGCCAUUGCUCGAGCACUGAUCCGAGAGCCACAGUUUCUCCUUUUUGACGAAGCGACUAGUGCUCUAGACACUGAAAAUGAGAUCAUUGUGCAAGAGGCCAUCAACGUGGCAUCUAAAGGCCCCGGUAGAACGACAAUUUCUGUAGCCCAUCGCCUAUCUACCAUACGAAGAUGUGAUCGAAUAUUGGUCUUGGAAGCUGGAAGGGUUGUAGAAGAAGGGAAUCACAAUGAGCUCAUGGCUCAAAGAGGCCAGUAUUACGAGAUGGUUCGUGCACAGGGUCUUGAUAGGGAAGUUAUUACGUGA